GCCUGGCGGAGGCUCGGAGGCGCGGCGCUCGGCGGCGCCGCGGCGCUGGCUCUGCAGCAGGGCGGCGGCGGCACGCAUUGCCGGACCGAUCGGCGGCCGCUGCCGCUGCUCUCGCGGCUGGACAGCAACAAGCACCCGGACGACGAGAAGGUGUUGGGAGUGGACCCGUCUGGCAAGUCGGUGGUCUUGAGGACGCUGAAGAACGGGGCGAUGCGGGUCCGCGUGAUGGACUGGGGCGCUACCAUCACCUCAGUGCGUGUGCCCGACAAGGAUGGCGUUGUCGGCGAGGUGGCGCUCGGCUUCGACGAGCUGGCGCCGUACGUGGACGGGAGGAGCCCGUAUUUUGGCUGCGUCGCGGGCCGGUACGCCAACCGGAUACAGGGAGGCCGCUUUCAGCUUGACGGGCAGGGCUACACCCUCGUGACCAACAACGGCCCGAACGCCCUCCACGGCGGGCUGGUCGGUUUCGACAAGCGGCACUGGGUGUGCCAGGCGGCGAGCGACACGUCGGUGACGCUCGCGCUCCUCUCGGAGGACGGUGAGGAGGGGUACCCCGGCAACCUGCUCGCCAAGGUCACCUACUCCCUUCCGACAGAGGGCGAGCUGCGGAUGGAGUACGAGGCGGUGUGCGACAAGCCGACGGUGGUCAACCUGACCAACCACUCGUACUGGAACCUGCAGGACGGCGGGGCGAGGUCGGUCAAGCAGCACGAGGUCCAGCUCGCCGCGCGGCUCUACACGCCGGUCGACGAGACCUCGAUCCCGACCGGCGAGGUGCGGGCCGUCGGCGGUGCGAUGGACCUCACCUCGCCUACGCCGAUCGGGAAGGGGCUCGCGCAAGCGGACGGCGGGAUGGGGUACGACCACAACUACGUGCUCACCUCGCCGCCGCGCCAAGACGGGCUCCGCGCGUGCGGCCGCGUCUACGAGCCGACGAGCGGCCGCUGCAUGACUGUGACGACGGACCAGCCCGGCGUCCAGUUCUACACGGCCGGCUAUCUGGACGGCUCGCUCGAGGGGCGAGGCGGUGCUAAGUACCACAAGUUCGCGGGCUUCUGCCUCGAGACGCAGCACUUCCCCGACAGCCCAAACCACCCGCACUUCCCCUCGACGGUGCUGCGGCGCGGCGAGGUGUACCGCACCACCACAGUCUACAAGUUCGACGCCUCGCCGUCUCCGCCGACGGGCCCCAUCGCAUGACACCCUGAAUCUCUUCCCUCUGUCGGCGCCCAGGGGCGCCGACAGAGUGGGUACACGCGAGCUUUGUGCACUCUCCCCCUCGGCGAGACUGGCACAGGGCCAACGCACAGCGGGGCUUGCUCGCUCUUGUGCUCACAGUCUGCAAUCCAAGCAGCGCAGCUUUGAGUUUAUUUUUGGAGUCCCGACUGUCGAGUCAACGGUCGCAGCGCGUCGGUCACACACGCGACACACGCACUCCCACCCCACACAAGCACAACAGGUCAACAGCUCGCUCGCGUCUUGUACUACGUCUCUCGCGGAUAUUACAGUAUUGCGUUCCUAAGCGGCUCGAGCCAGCCCACAGCCCAGGCGCUCAAAUCCCACCCCCAGCCUUCGGCGUCACCGUCGACACCAUCCUUUGCAGCUGCGAAAACGCUCGCGGCGUCGCGCACAGCCGGCGGACAAUCGGCGGCGCGAGUCGUCGCUGUGAGCGAGGACCAGCUACCGCAGCAGGAGCCCGGCUUGAAGCUCGGCGCGAGCCGCAGGCCAAAGGGGAGGCCGCGCAGUGCAGGCGACGCGAGCCCGUCGGGCAGGAACAUCGACUGCACGUCUUGCUUGGUGGUCACAACGUCGUUGGUCGCGGCGAACGCCCAAUACUUGCGCGCUGCAACGUCGAUGAGCACCUUGAAGAAGCCCGAUGGGAUGCGGAAGGGCGAAGUGGCGCCCGCGCCGCACGGCUGGGUCGUCGGCGUCUCGUCCUGGGGCAGGUCCGGGUCGUUGGCGCCGGGCGCUAUGCAGCGGUUCGAGCCAUCA